ACUGUGCCAAAUCACAAGCAUUUGGAAAUCUCUGCUGAGGUAGGUUACGGCAGAAGGAAGGAGCUUUUCGGUUUCCAUUUUCCUACAAAAACCGAAACGAGAAGAAACCAACGGAGCUAAUCGGCAAGUGGUUGGUUUUGGGUCAUCUUCUACUCGUCUAUGGUGUGGCCUCUCUUUGAAGAUGAGAGGAAUCGCUCUUCCACACACACAUUAUUGCUGCUACGCCUCUAGGUGCAAGGGCAUGACACUCAUCAUCAUGGGAAAGGCCAAGAACUCCCCUUCUCCUUCCAAUAAGGGUCCUGAAUCAGCACCUCCAAGAAUCACAUCCAAUGUCAAGCAGAAUUUACGGAUUUUAAAGCUGUGGAAGGAAUUUCAAAAGAGGAAAUCUACUGUACCUAAACCUGCUACUAGUUAUAGGCGAAAGAAGUUGCAAAAGGAGGACCUUCCAGAGGACAUAGAGCUUUAUCGUGAUCCGACAACGACUCUUUAUCAUACCAACCAGGGUCUAGAUGAUGCUGUCCCUGUCUUGCUUGUUGAUGGUUACAAUGUAUGUGGCUAUUGGGUGAAGCUGAAGAAGCAUUUUAUGAAAGGGAGGCUUGAAAUUGCUCGCCAAAAACUAAUAGAUGAGCUUGUGACUUUUAGUAUGCUACGAGGGGUUAAAGUGGUUGUUGUGUUUGAUGCCAUGAUGUCUGGACUUCCUACACACAAGGAAAAUUUUGCUGGCAUUGAUAUAGUUUACUCUGGAGAAUCUUGUGCUGAUGCAUGGAUUGAAAAGGAGGUUGUAGCUCUAAAGGAGGGUGGAUGUCCCAAAGUUUGGGUUGCGACUUCUGAUCAUUGUCAGCAGCAAGCGGCAUAUGGAGAGGGAGCCUUUAUUUGGAGCUGCAAGGCAUUGAUUUCUGAGAUUAAAGCUUCACAGAAGGAGGAAGAGAGGAUGCUUCAAGAACAAAGAUCUACUUCCUUUCAAGGUAAAUUAUUAAAGCACAAUCUCAAAUCUGAAGUUGUUGAUGCUCUCAAGGAUUUAAGAAGACAGCUUUCUGAGAAUGAGUCCAAAUAGCUUUUCUAAUUUGGUGUGUUGUUAGUGGUUUGUUCAUAUUCAGUAUGCCUUUCUUCUAAAUCAUAGUAAGCACAAUUCUGAGCAUUUUUUAAGUUUUAUUUUAUUUUAUUGCUAUUGCUACUCAAACCUUGUGUAUAAUAAAUACUUUGCUGCUUUUUUCCUUUAUUAUUUUAGAACCAUGACCAAAUUGUUCCUUUUUGUUGUUGGUGAUUUAUUAUCACUUUAUGAAUCUUGUUUUUUA